UCUAUGGUUAGAAUUACAAUAAAUUAUUUCAAUACCAACUGCGAGCCGUCGAUAAGAUCUCAGAUCUUAUUUAGUUAUGGUCAUUUUUAUGUGUAAUUCAACAAUUCAAGUUAAAGGAAUCACCUGGAAAAUAAUUUGGUUUAUUAAUAAUUUUUUAAAGAGAUUUUCAUAAUAUGUUUUACAUUAUCGGAUUAGGAUUAGGGGAUUGUAAGGAUAUAACAAUUAAAGGCUUAGAAAUUAUACGGAAGUGUUCUAAAGUUUAUUUGGAGUCAUAUACAUCUAUCCUAAUAUCUAGCGGACUAAAGGAGCUUGAAAAUUUUUAUGGUUGUACAUUAAUUACUGCAGACAGAGAACUUGUCGAACAAGGAGUGGAUGAUAUUUUAACAGAAGCUCAAAAUUGUGAUAUUGCAUUUUUAGUUGUUGGUGAUCCUUUUGGAGCAACAACUCACACAGAUUUAAUUUUAAGAGCAAAAGAAAAAGAGGUCAAAUGUGAAGUAGUUCAUAAUGCAUCGAUUCUGAAUGCAGUUGGUUGUAGUGGUCUCCAGCUGUAUAAUUUUGGUGAAACAGUUUCAAUACCUUAUUGGACUGAAACAUGGAAACCUGAUAGUUUUUUUGACAAAAUCAUUUCAAACUUUCAGAGAAAAUUGCAUACUCUUUGUUUGUUAGAUAUUAAAGUUAAAGAGCCUACUUUAGAGAGUUUAACUAAGAAAAAGAAAGAGUAUUUGCCUCCAAAGUUUAUGUCAGUUAGUGAAGCAACUGAACAGAUUUUGGAAGUACUGAAAAGUAGAAACAGUAAUGUUUCUGAUGAAUUAAAUGCUAACUCCUUAUCUGUGGGGUUAGCAAGAGUUGGGUCAGAAACGCAGAAAAUUGUGGCAUGUUCUCUUUCUCAAAUGGUUACUGUGGAUCUUGGAGGUCCACUUCAUUCUCUUGUAAUCCCAGGACCAGAAUUGCACCCUUUGGAAGAGGAAUUUUUACAGCAAUUUAAAUUAUAAAAAACAUAAGUUAUUUAUGAAGUGUUUGGAUGAUUUAUUUUGCGCUGUUUCCUAAAAUAAAUAAAUGAAAAACGAA